AUGGGCCACCGCGUGAUGCACAUCGUCACGAGCGGCUACGCUGCGUCCGUAGGUGAGACGGAGCAGACUCGCACGCUGGCAGCCAACACUGUCUUCGGAAUGAUGAGUGCCCUUGGGGUGGCGCCACGCCCCGCUAAGGUGAAGAAGGUGGUGGCAGUGAAGCAUUGCUACUGCCAGUUGCUACACCAAGCGGUGGUGGUUCGGGCUCUGGAGCUUUUCCCGGACCAGCGAAUGAAGGUGCUGACACUCUCCAAUGGUGGUCAGGAGACAGACACGGCGGAUCUGAUCGAGCGAAUUCAGAAUUCGCCCUUCUUCGCGAAUACAAACCCGGAGUUCGUCAUGGAGCUGGCGAACGCAGCCGUAGACAGGAUCUUCAUGCCUGGUGAUCUGGUGGUCAAUGAAGGCGAGGUCGGCAACUCCAUGUUUAUCUUGCUCAAUGGAUCCGCAGAUGUUUAUGUCAGCGACAAGAGCAAGGACAAACAGGAGAAGGGGCAAGUAGCCAAGAAACAUGACACUCAGAUCAAGCAGAUGAUCCGCGUUGGGCACUUGAACUCGGGGGCCAUCGCAGGCGAGCUGGCCAUGCUUGGAAUAUCGCAGACUCGUUCAGCAAGUAUUCAGGCCUCGACGCUCUGCGUGUUUUGGGAAGUGACCCAGGAGAGAGCCAUGAAUAUCCUCGACCGGUUUCCGGAAGAGCGCCAGCUGUUCAGCAACGUUAUCGUGCAAAACCUGGAUUUUACUGUGACGGGCCGGCUCAUGAAUCUCAACCUCUUCAAGGGUUUUGACCGCAAGUUCCGGAAUUUGCUGGCCCUCUACUGCGAGCGACAUGCUUUUUUCCCGGACCAUGCGGCCACGCGAGAGGGUGAGAAUGGGGACAAGUUGUGGAUCAUGAACUCUGGCCCAGCACAGCUGCAGAAACGAGGUUUCAAGGUCAAACUGUACACACCCGGCACCUACUUUGGCAGCGACAACAUGCUUGGGAUUUCUCGAGCCUAUAUCGGCAGCCUGGUGGCCAUGACCGUUUGCCACAUGCUCUCCCUCUCACGUGCCUCCUACCUCCAUGCCCUUGAGCAGUACCCUUCCAAGACCUUGCACCAACGCCUGGUGAAGGAGCAAAAGAAGCAAGCUGUGGAGCUCAAAGACAUGCUGGAAAGGGUGGCCAUCCGCAAAGGUGUGUGGCAGAGGUAUCAGGGCGAGCUUGCAGGAGGUGGCGUUUCCAACCUCAGCGACAACGAGCUGGUGCGGCGCCUUGUGAAGGCCUGGUACGAUCACGUGCGCAUCGUCAGGGACAAGCGAUUACAUGACACGAUGAAUCAUCAAGAGAUGUUGUCCAGAAUCGCAGGUUGGAAGCAGAAGCAAGAUGAUGCCAAGAAGCGCAUCGAGCACAAGACGAAGAUGAAGGCGCUCAUCAAGCGCAACUUGCUCGAGAGAGGGCCACUGCAGUAUCUUGAGGAGAUUUGCGGGGGUGCAUUCUGUCCUAGACUAGACGGUUGA